AGUUCUCUUCCUGUUUUAGCUUCUCCAAUUUCAUUCAUUCAAAAAGACACAAUAAUAUACAUAUACAUAUAUAUAUAUAUAUGUAUACAGUUUUUUGAGAUCUAUAGGAGUUCUACAAAUUUAAGGUUGUAAUAAAAAGAAGGAUAUAUAUAUAUAUAUAUAUAUAUAUAUAAAUGGCGAAGGCACCGGAUGAACCACCGCCACAUCCUCCGAAAGAUCAGCUCCCGAAUGUUUCUUACUGCAUCACCAGCCCUCCUCCAUGGCCUGAGGCCAUCCUUCUCGGAUUCCAGCAUUACAUCGUGAUGCUCGGGACGACGAUUAUGAUACCUUCAGCGCUCGUUCCUCAGAUGGGAGGCGGCAUUGAGGAAAAAGCUAGAGUCAUUCAAACUUUGUUAUUCGUCGCGGGGCUAAACACGUUCUUGCAAUCGUGGUUUGGAACACGGCUCCCCGUUGUCAUCGGAGGUUCUUACACCUUCAUCGCGCCCACAAUCUCGAUCAUCUUGUCGAAUAGAUGGAGCGAUCCGGACCCUAUAUCGAAGUUCAAGAAAACAAUGCGCGCAACGCAGGGCGCAUUCAUAGUCGCCUCCGCGAUCCAAAUUGUCAUCGGUUUUAGCGGUCUAUGGCGUAACAUGGCGAGGUAUUUGAGUCCAAUCUCCGUCGUCCCAUUGAUUCUCCUUACCGGUUUCGGGCUCUAUGAAUUCGCUUUUCCGGGGGUCGGAAGAUGUGUCGAAAUCGGGUUACCGGUGAUUGUCCUAGUGAUCUUCCUCAACCAGUAUCUAGUGAACAUGGUGAAGCCGGGGAAGAAUGUGUACGAGCGAUUUGCAGUACUUAUAUCGGUAGCGCUCGUGUGGACUUACGCCUUCGUACUCACCGUGGGCGGGGCAUACAAUGGGAGGCCCCUACAGACGCAAAUGAGUUGUAGGACAGAUCGUGUUGGACUCAUCGAUGCCUCUCCAUGGAUAAGCAUCCCAUACCCCUUCCAAUGGGGGCCUCCUUCCUUUGAUGCCGGCGAAGCGUUCGCCAUGAUGAUGGCCGCUUUCGUUACUCUCGUCGAGUCCACUGGUGCGAUGAUUAGCGCUUCUAGACUCGCUAGCGCAACCCCCUUACCACCAUCGAUCCUCAGCCGCGGCGUAGGGUGGCAGGGCAUCGGAAUCUUGCUAUCCGGGCUAUUUGGAACAGGCAAUGGAUCAUCCGUGGCCGUAGAAAACGUUGGCCUCAUAGGACUAACACGCGUUGGAAGUCGAAGAGUUGUGCAAAUAUCCGCCGGAUUCAUGAUCUUCUUCUCCGUCCUUGGGAAAUUUGGCGCGGUUUUUGCAUCGAUUCCAACUCCUAUUUUUGCGGCUUUGUAUUGCAUCUUCUUCGGAUAUGUUGGUGUUGGCGGAUUAGGUUUCCUCCAAUUUUGUCAACUCAAUAGCUUCCGUAAUAAGUUUAUAUUAGCCAUCCCGACGUUCCUUGGCUUCACAAUCCCGGCGUACUUCAAUGAGUACACGGCCAUUAAGGGACACGGCCCCGUGCACACAUCCGGCCGAUGGUUCAACGACAUCGUGAAUGUGCCCUUCUCGUCGAAGGCAUUCAUUGCAGGCACACUCUCGUACUUUUUUGACAACACAUUGGAGAAAAAGGACGGACAAGUGCGAAAGGACCGAGGCCGGCAUUGGUGGGAUAAGUUUUGGUCAUUCAAUACCGAUAGCCGAAGUGAGGAGUUUUACAAACUUCCUUUGAAUCUCAACAAAUAUUUCCCAUCUUCGUGAUCGAUCUAUUUCAAAUAUAACUAAUUAAUGUGUGAUGCAAGUGACAAUGCAGUUUCUUCUUUGAAUAGCCUAAAUUAUUCCUUGGAAUUUUUAUGCAUUUUAUUGUUUUUUAUGUGAGGUUUUCAGAUUGAAUAAAUUAUUGCAUAUUCUUCGAA